CCUGCAUCUCGUCGUAUCUCGCCCGUCAUAUCUCACCCACAACCCGUCGCAGCCCAUCGCAAUCCAUCGCAAUCCAUCGCAAACUCAUCGCAGCGUAACCCCCCCCCCCACUCCAGCAGUCCACUUGCCAUGUCAAACGGAAAGGCCAUCCCCAUCAAGAUCUCGGCUCAGGUCCAGCAGGACGCCGAUAUGCUCAGCUCUUCCGUCGCCAACCAGAUCGCCACCGAGUACUUCACCUUCGAUGCCAACCCGACGAGCGUCGUCAAGCCCGGCGUCCGGGUGGCCAUCGUCGGCAAGGGCGACGACGGCGAAUAUCCCGAGGUCGAGGAGGUCGCCCAGCACCAUGCCAAGCAGACCGUCGGCAUCGUCAAGCAGAUCCUGACCCACAACUACAUCCACCCGAACGUCAUCGAGGUCGAGCUCAUCUCGGGUGCCGUCGGCCGAGUCGCCCGCGUGAUUACUCCCGAGGAGCACGCGGCCGAAGAAGCCCAUGGCUCCCAGGAGGCCCUGUCGCCCGAGCUCAAGCCCUGGGCCUGCUCCGCGUGCACCUACCUAAACCCGCUGUACAAUACCGAAUGCGAGGCCUGCCAGACCAAGAAGCCGCUCGCCCUGGCCGCCUGGACCAACAUCCAGUCCAACUGAGUGCCCAUCAAUGUGUGCCACUCGGCCCGCUCGGAUGUCCACUGGCUGCGUCGGGUUUGAUCGCCUCUUCUGACCGCCUCUUCUGAUCGCCUCUCCUGAUGGCCCGCGGUCGUGUCUCGGACAUACUCCCCUCUGCGUCCUGGGCAUCGACUGUCCCCACCCCCACAAUUCCACCUCCCCUCCGUCACACCGGCGUCUUAUCCCUGCCGUUGAAAUACAACCGAGACCGGGCCAUGUACAUUGACGAUGCCUCCGAGACGACGACCGCCACAUGGCGCCUCACAGACUUGUGUCGUCACGAGACUCACUCCAUUUGCUCGUCG